AGCCCCUCAGCAUCGUCUAGGGCUCCUCCACUCAGGGACACCUCCUCCCAGCUCCCCGGCAUUUGCAGGCUCCAGGGGAAGCCCCGGCACAGGGGAAGGGCAUUCAGCAGGUGCUGGAUACACACAGAGAAUAGGGCAGACGGAGGCGCUGGAUUGGAAGAACAGGAGCCCCCAGUUCCAGGACACCAGAUGGAUGCACAAGUGGGCAGAGUUAAUGUUGAAUGGGCAGAUCUUGGAAUUUCCUAACAUUCAAGUGGUUGGCUUUGCAACCUAAAUAAUGUACUUUUAAAGUAGUGUUUCAUACAGAUCUUUUGCUGCAGGCCGCGCAGGAGGAGGCUGGAUGCUUCCGACAGGUACCACACAUGUUUAUUGAGAUUGGCAUCUGAGAGUACAGGCCCUAGCUCGAAGUGCAGUUGCUCCUGAGACAGACCAUGGCCACAGAACUGGGUACAAGUGCAGAUUUGAGUCUCCAGUUACAGAUGCCUUUAGAGCAGGGGGUGCAGCCCCCAGUGAAAAGGGAGGAACAAGACCCACCAGGCCCCGAGCCAGGGCAGGGAGUGGAGCAAGGAGAGAACCUUCCCUUUGUUGUCUGUUCUGGGACCAUCGGGGAAUUAUUGAGAUGGGCGUCUCCACAACAGUCCAGGCCUCAGAGGCAGGAUGAGCCGCCCCAGCGCUGGGAAGUCCAGUGGCAGGAGGUGCUGCAGGCCCUAUGGACCCCUCCUGAAGUUGUGCCGGCCCCGGUGACGCUACAGUUGCCUGAGCUGGCACCAGGGGACGAUAUUGAGGCCUAUCUGGCCAACUUCGAGCAUGUGGCUAAUGCCUGCCGGUGGCCAAGAGGAGAGUGGGUAACGCGACUCGUGCCGGCACUGAGCGGAAAAGCCCGACAGGUCUACAGCAGCCUGGAGGCUAGAGACAGCAGAGACUAUGGGAAGGUGAAAGCUGCCAUCCUGCAAGGGGAGGACACCCGCCUGGAGAAGCGGCGUCGAUGCUUUAGGCAGUUUCGCUACCAAGAGGCCGAGGGGCCCCGGGAGGCUUGCAGCCACCUCCGGGAGCUCUGCCAUCGCUGGCUGGAGCCGCAGAGCCACAGCAAGGAGCAGAUCCUGGAGCUGCUGAUCCUGGAGCAGUUCCUGACCAUCCUGCCGGAGGAAAUGCAGAGCUUGGUCUGGGAAUGUGGCCCUGAAACCUGUGCCCAGGCAGUGGCCCUGGCAGAGGGGUUCCAGCUGGGGCAGCCAGAGGCUGGAUUAUGGGAGCAGCAGGUCACGGUGUGUGUGAAGGUUGAGGAAGUGACUUCAGAGAAGAUGGCUUCCCCUGAGGCAUUAUGGGAUGCUCCCGGCUCCCAGCUAGAGCAGCUGCAGUCCCAUCCCGAAUGUGUAUCCCAGGAGGAGCUGGGACGAGCUGAGACCCCGGGACACCAGUAUGAACCACUUUGUGUCCCCAAAGAGGAGCCCCCGAUCCACCAGGAAAUGGAUAAUAAGUCAGGCCCCCUGUCUCAUUCAGAGCACAUGUUGGAUGGUGAACACAGGAUGGAUUCAGCCUGUUACUUGUUCUCCAUGUCCACUGAAGGUGACAUGGUGCUGAGUGCAAGUCCCCAGCUGGAGGUGCCAAGCGCAAGUCCCCAGCGGGAGGAGACAGAGAUGUCAGGGCCACGCAGGGUGCCCCUGGAAAGAUACAAAGGGAAGGCAUCACGGACUCAGCGCAGGGUGGGGAGGCAGCAUCGGAGCCCCAUUGGGAAAAGGGAGGUGGAACCAGCCCCUACCCUACCAGACUUUGGGAUGUCCGAACCCCAGCCCAGGCCUUUCAAAUGUGCUGAGUGUGGGAAAACCUUUUGCCGCAGCUCUGACCUGCUGAGACACAAACGGAUCCACCGAGGGGACCGGCCCCACCACUGCACUGAGUGCGGGAAAAGCUUUGUCCGGAACUCCCACCUCCUGAUCCACCAGGUGAUUCACCGUGGUGAACGCCCCUUCAUGUGCAGCGAGUGCGGAAAGAGCUUUAGCCAGAGCUCCACCCUAACAAGACACCAGCAGAUCCACACUGGUGAGAAACCCCACCGCUGCCACCAGUGUGGCAAGAGCUUUGGGCGCAACUCCAACCUGAUGAGGCACCAGAGGCUCCAUGCAGCUGAGAGGGUCUACCGGUGUGCGGGAUGCGGGGAGGCCUUCCGUAGCAGGGGGCUGCUCAUUUCUCAUCAGCGAUGCAGCAAGAAGGAGAGGCCAGAGGCUUGCAGAAAGCGCACAGCGCCAGCUUAGUUGGGGACAAGAGGCAGAGUUUACUAUAACAAGGGGUUGUGAUGCAGCUGAGGGUUCCUGGUACAUGUGAGAUGGGGAUGGCCCCAGCACCACAACUUAACAGCAGUACUGCAAUGUAGAGAUGAUAGGACUCCUGUGUUGUUCUCCUGGAUAGAGAAGGAGACAGGUUACGCAUCUCCAAAACCACUAUGUCUAUCUCACCUUAGCAUUGUUCUUCUAUCCAACCCCAGACAUACUUUAUCUAAUCUGUCUAUCUAAUCAUAUGUUCCCCCACUCUCUCCAUCCAUCACUCCCUAUACACAUCAUCCCUUUGUCUGUCCAUCCAUCCAUUCCAUAACAACACAACAAGCCCCUUCAUCUAUUCAUCCACCCGUCCCCAUAAACACUACACUGUCUGUCUUUCUUUAGUCCUACGUUUCCACCUGUUCAUCCCGCUACUGCCCCUCUGUCUUUUUAUCACCAUGUGCACCUAUCUAUCUAACUGUCUCUCCCCAUACGUCUCACCCCUCUGCCUGUCCAUCCAACCCCUAACACACUCCAGGCAUUCACCUGCCCUGAAUCUCAUUCUGGUCAUGCUGCCAGAUAGAUUAAGUGGAGUACGAGCUUGGAUACAAUCCUGGCGGGUUGAGAUGCCAGCCCAGUGCACCAACGGGAUUGCUGUGGGAUUUUCAAAGCUUUUGUUUCCAGGCUUCUACAGUUGAGUAGGUUGCAGGAGGUUGACUGGUGGAAGACUUAAUUUAUGAUUGCUAUUAUUUGUCGUGCAGUAGUGCUUGAAAGGCCCCAUGAAGAUUGGGGCCCUGUCAUGUGGGGUCCUGCACAGACACAUCUCUCUGAGGGACAUAUGGCGCCCAUCACUGUAGUAUCUGAGCGCUUUGCGUGGUGACAGAGAUCAGGGCCUGGCCAUGCUGGGCAGUGCACAGACACAUGACAAGCAGGGGCUGCAAAGCACACGAUGAAUGAUAUAUUGGCUCUGUUGCUGCCAAGACGCACCGUGGCCGAGAUUAAGGCUUCAUAGUUUGUGGUGCUGCGUCGACACACGGUGACUGAGGUUGGGGCCCCCUGGCUGCACAGACACAAAGUGAGAUACAGUCUCAGCUCAAAAGAGCUCACUUUAUACAGCAGUUCGGUGACAGAGCCAAGAACAGAACUUAGGUCUCCUAUAUCCUGCUCAGUGCCUGGCCUUUCACUUUGGGUGAUAUUUGUCAGUGGGUUGGUUUGGAAAAAGCUGGUGGGGUGCGUAGAGUCCCAGCAGUCAGGAAGGGACAAGGAAAACAAUGUUAAUACAUUGGAAAAAAAAUAAAUGUACUAGUUGGGAAUACCCAAA